ACAUGUCAUUUACAAUUAGAGUAAACCACAAGCAAAGGAAGGAAAAGGCUAUGUAGGCAUGUCAAAUCAUGGUGUAUUAUGGUCUCUCAUUUGACCAGAUAUAAGACUGGUUGAUGGCUUAUAAACCUGUGGACUCCCCUAACCUUACAAAUAUACUAGAGUUCUACUCAUGGAUUUGGAUGAGAUUCAUAUCAGUUUGCUACGUGGAUAAAGUGUGUGUUGGUGUGCAGGCUAACUCAGCGUCUGGGAUGCAUGUAAAUGAUGAAUGCAAGCUCAAGUUCUUGGAAUUGAAAGCCAAACGGAGUUAUAGGUUCAUCGUGUUUAAGAUUGAUGAGAAAGUUCAAAAAGUUGUUGUAGAUAAGAUUGGGAAUCCAGAGGAAACUUACGACGAUUUCACCAGCUCUAUGCCUGAGAACGAAUGUCGUUACGCUGUCUAUGAUUUCGAUUUUACCACCAAAGACAAUUGCCAGAAGAGUAAGAUCUUCUUCAUUGCCUGGUCACCUGAUACAUCAAAAGUGAGGAGUAAGAUGCUGUACGCAAGCUCAAAAGACAGGUUCAAGAGAGAACUAGAUGGAAUUCAAGUUGAAUUGCAAGCAACAGAUCCUAGCGAGAUGAGCCUCGACAUCAUCAAAGGACGAGCUUUCUAAAACAUUUUCCUGUGUCUGAAUUGAACAACUUCACCUUAUUUCUUUCAGUCGAUUCAUGUGUUAUGCUUUGCUAUUACGUUUCUUUCCUGGGUUUUUUCCCUUGUACUUUUCGGCUCUCUGAAUUUCGUGUGGAUUCACAGUCUCAUUGAUUUUUGGAACGUAAUAAUCAUAAUUAACUAUUCUGCUUUUCUUCAUGAAACACUGAAAAUGACUGCCAGUUCCUAUGAUUGGAACAGCAGAAAGUGAGCAACUUGUACUUGUAAAGGACAAUGAAAUGGUAGCGUUUCAUGCUUAAAAGAA